AUGGAACCAGGAACUCCCCUCUUCCGUUUGGAGGAUGUAUGCGAGCAGAACCGCUCGGAGAUCGCAGCACUGCAACGGGGCCAGAUUGAGACCAUGGCUCAGCUCAAUGGUACCCAUGAGCGUAUCGGUUCCGUCGAGACGUCAGUGAAGAACAUUGAGAAAAUGCUUCGAGAUUCCUUGAAGCUGAAGCAGGUUGUUACCGAUCGUGGUGGUCCCGGCGAUUUAUCCGAGUACACAGCGGAAUCGCGACUUCCGAACUGGCCGAAGGGAAUGAAAACAGAGCUACCUAUGUUUGAUGGUGAAAAGGUAGAGGAGUGGACGUUCCGUGCACGAGAAUAUUUUGAGCUCUAUUCGGUGCCGGAGACAUGGAGAGUUCGUAUGCUCUCCUUCCACAUGACGGGACCAGCAUACACUUGGUAUCGAUGGUGCAUCAACAACUCUAUCAACCAUACUUGGGAGAGUUUUUUGGAAGCACUCCGUGUUCGUUUCGGCCACAGCAUUUUCCACGAUCCCAAGGCGGCUUUGAAAGAACUCAAGCAGGUGACUACCGUUUCGGCUUACCAACAUCAAUUCGAGGAACUCUCCAACCAGGUAACGGGGCUAAGUGAAGAGUGGCUGACAUCCUUGUUUGUAGCUGGGCUGACAGAGAUGCUGAAAUGUGAGUUGAUGCUGGCUAAACCGCGGUCAUAUGUUGAGGCCGUGGCUCUUGCAAAGCUACAUGAGCAGAAGAAUCAAGCGGGUGUACUGAAUUUGAGACCGCACGGUGGCCGAGCAGCGGCAGGAGUCUCACCCUCUCAAUUUGGCACUACAAGAAACCCACCCACCCACGUGACAUCUCCGGGUAAGGCCAGCAACACAGCCACUGCAGCGACCGCCAACCAUCGUCGCUUAUCGGCGGCCGAGAUCAAACAAAGAAGGGAUAAAGGGUUGUGUUACUAUUGCGAUGAGAAAUACUCUACGGGCCAUAAAUGCAAGUCUUCUUACUUGCUGCUCGUGGGUAGCGAGGAGCUAGAAGAGCUAACAAGAGACAGACCAAGUGACUUUCCACUCUCGGACCAUGACCCACUCCAUUCUUCCCCUGAACUCUCUGAUGAUGAGGUGGUGGAAAUUAGUUUCAAUGCUAUGGUUGGAGCUUACCACCCGGAGACUAUCCGAGUGGCAGGAACGUGUGAAGGGUUGCCGGUUAUGGUGCUCGUUGAUGGCGGCAGCACACAUAACUUCAUGAAGGAGUCCACUGCCAAGAGAUUGAAGUUACCUUUGACUCCGGUGCAUCAGCUGAAUGUCUAUGUGGGCAAUGGUGAGUGCAUCGGGUGUGCUUCAAAGUGCAAUGAUGUCCCAUUGCGCAUGCAAGGGUACGGAUUUCAUUUGGAAACCUUUAUCUUGGAUAUUAAAGGAGCGGAUGUGGUGCUGGGCGCACAAUGGUUGAUGCAAUUGGGUGACGUGACAAUGAACUAUAUGCACUUGACCAUGGAAUUUAAGGUGGGUGAUCUCACGGUUAAGCUGCAGGGUGAAAGGCUAUUCCAACCUGGGGCAGUGGGCAAUCGGGCUUUGAAUAAAAUGGUAUCGACUGACGUCAUUGCUUCCUUCUUGCACUUGCGAGUCAUUGAUCCCUCAAUUACAAGGCCACAAACUGGACAGGAUGAAGCUGUCCAAUUGUUGUUAUCUGAAUAUCAAGAAGUUUUCAAAGAACCAGAAACUUUGCCACCUCCAAGAGAAAUUGAGCAUCAGAUUCACUUACAACCGGGCGCUGACCCUGUCAAUGUGCGACCGUAUCGCUACCCACAUUAUCAGAAAGAAGAGAUUGAGAGGCUGGUAGAGGAAAUGUUACAGUCUGGGGUAAUCCGUGAAAGUCACAGCGCCUUCUCUAGUCCUGUGCUGCUUGUACGCAAGAAAGAUGGCAGUUGGCGGUUUUGUGUUGACUACCGAGCCCUUAAUGCCAUUACCAUUAAAGAUAAGUUUCCCAUCCCCACUAUUGAUGAAAUUCUUGAUGAACUAUUUGGUGCUGCUUAUUUCUCCAAAAUUGACUUGCGUUCGGGUUACCACCAGAUUCGAGUUCGGGAUGAGGACAUUCCAAAGACCGCCUUCCGCACACAACUUGGCCAUUACGAAUUUGUGGUGAUGCCUUUCGGUCUUACCAAUGCCCCUUCGACAUUUCAGGCAACCAUGAAUAAGGUGUUUCGGCCGUACCUCCGGAAAUUUAUUGCGGUGUUUUUUGAUGAUAUACUUAUUUAUAGCAAAUCCAAGGAAGAACACAUUGCACAUUUAAGAACAGCACUUGCAGUCCUACAACAACAUCAAUUUGUGGCCAAGCUCUCUAAAUGUACAUUUUGCCAACAAGAAGUUGAAUACCUAGGCCAUGUGGUGGGCAAGGAAGGAGUGCAGGUUGACAACUCCAAAAUUAAGGCAAUUGUUGAAUGGCCCAAGCCAGUGAACUUGAAACAGCUGCGGGGCUUUCUCGGCCUCACUGGGUACUAUCGGAGGUUUGUUGCAAGUCUCGAGAACAAAGGAUCUUCGCAAAUCUAG